CUCCAGUCUCCCAUAUAUAUAUAUAUCACUGCCUCUCUCUCUCUCUCUCUCUCUCUCUCUCUCUCUCGGCGGGCGUGAUGGUGCUAUCGCACACAGCGUCGGAGUCGGACGUGUCCGUCCAUUCCACGUUCGCUUCCCGAUACGUUCGAGCUUCUCUUCCCAGGUUCAAGUUACCGGAGAAUUCGACACCGAAGGAAGCAGCGUAUCAGAUAAUAAACGACGAGCUGAUGCUGGACGGGAACCCUCGUCUGAACUUGGCGUCAUUCGUCACGACAUGGAUGGAACCUGAAUGCGACAAGCUCAUCAUGUCCGCCAUCAACAAGAACUACGUCGACAUGGAUGAGUAUCCCGUCACCACCGAACUCCAGAACCGGUGUGUGAACAUGAUAGCGAAUCUAUUCAACGCACCGCUAGGAGAUGAUGAGACGGCGGUGGGAGUGGGGACGGUGGGAUCGUCGGAGGCCAUAAUGUUGGCCGGUUUGGCCUUCAAACGCAAGUGGCAGAACAAACGCAAGGCCGAUGGUAAACCUCACGACAAACCCAACAUCGUCACCGGUGCCAAUGUCCAGGUGUGCUGGGAGAAAUUCGCGAGAUACUUUGAAGUAGAGCUGAAGGAAGUGAAGCUAAGAGAAGGGUACUACGUGAUGGACCCCGAGAAAGCCGUGGAGAUGGUCGACGAGAACACGAUCUGUGUCGCCGCCAUCCUCGGCUCCACUCUCAACGGAGAGUUCGAAGACGUCAAGCUCUUGAACGACCUCCUCUACAAAAAGAACCAAGAAACAGGAUGGGAUACGCCGAUACACGUGGACGCUGCGAGCGGAGGAUUCAUAGCGCCGUUCUUGUACCCGGAGCUGGAAUGGGAUUUCAGGCUGCCACUGGUGAAGAGCAUAAACGUGAGCGGGCACAAGUACGGCCUCGUCUACGCCGGAAUCGGUUGGGUCAUUUGGAGAAGCAAAGACGAUUUGCCCGAGGAACUCAUCUUCCACAUCAACUAUCUCGGGGCCGACCAGCCUACUUUCACCCUCAACUUCUCCAAAGGUUCAAGCCAAGUCAUAGCUCAAUACUACCAACUCAUUCGUCUGGGCUACGAGGGAUACAGAAACGUGAUGGAGAAUUGCAGGGACAACAUGAUGGUAUUGAAGGACGGGCUCCAGAGAACGGGAAGGUUCGAGAUCGUCUCAAAGGACGACGGUGUCCCUCUCGUCGCUUUCUCUUUGAAGGACAGUAGCCGUCACAACGAGUUCGAGGUCUCCGACAUGCUCCGCAGGUUCGGAUGGAUUGUACCGGCGUACACAAUGCCACCGGACGCACAACAUAUCACUGUUCUCCGAGUUGUUAUAAGAGAAGAUUUCUCGAGAACGCUUGCCGAAAGGCUCGUGAUCGAUGUUCAGAAAGUAUUGCACGAAUUAGACGAGUUGCCAUCGAGAGUUAUCGAGAAGUUAUCGCUCGGCCGGGAAGAGAACAAAGAGAUCGGGAACGACGAGGUGAUCCUGAAGGUGAAGAAGAGUGACAUCGAGAGGCAGAGAGAGAUCAUCAACGGAUGGAAGAAGCUCGUCUCCGACAGGAAGAAGAUGAAUGCUAUAUGUUAAAACUCUGUUUAUUCCGGUUAACUACUUCGGUUUUCGGAUUCUGAUUGGAAGUUGAGAUAAUAACUCGGUUUAUUCCGGUUAACUACUUCAGUUUUCUUUCUGUAAUUGAACCGGUUUGUGCUUGGACGUUGUUUGUGAUAUCGCUGCUGUUUUUCAUUACGUUAAGAAUAAAUUCUACGUUGUUUGCUUA